AUGGGAUACCGCUCGACGCCGCAGACUAGUACCGGCUACAGUCCAAGCUAUCUGCUCUUUGGUCGGGAGCUAUGCCUACCUCAAGACUUGGCAUUUGGAUUACCGCCAGGAGCAGCAUCCGCAGUAGCGUCACAGCCGGAAUUCGUGAGUGCUCUCCGCCGACGCUUGGAGGACGCUCAUGCGCAGGUUCGGGAGCACUUGGGCAACGUGCACCGCUAUCAAGCGCAUAUCCAUGAUCGCAACGCUAAGGCCGUGACGUUUGCAGCUGGUGACGCAGUGUGGCUUCUGGUGCCGGCCAUUCCGACGGGUACAACCGCCAAGUUUUCUAGACUGUGGCACGGACCGUACCUAGUCGAGGAGAAGCUCUCCGCCGUCACCUACCGCAUCAAGCUGUCUGAGCCCACGGCACGUCGGCUGAUAGUGCACGUCAACCGGCUGAAAAGUUGUCAUCAUCGACCGAGUCGGCUGCAGGAGGUCCACGAGCAAGAUGAGUCGGACCCACCGCAGCCCAUGGCAUCAACCCUGACUCCGUCCUACCAGCCUGAUGCCACUGAUGCCGCCGCCCGAGACGAGGAGGACACCGCUUGGGUAUUCGACAGUGCUCCGCCAGUUGGCGUGAUGGAAAGGCGAACCCCGCGUUCCCGCCAUCCACCUCAGCUGUUUGGGAGUCCCGUCUGGCACGAGUAA